AUGUCUCCUCGAAAGAUGUGCCAAGGCUCGAUAGACGAGGUGAUAGUGGGAAUAUUCGAUGAUCGAAUCAGUGUCGACAGUGGAGAGCGAGGCAACCAACCCUUCUUUAGCACCCAGCUGCAGCCUCUUCUACCAUCUCAUACUUCGUCAGUCACAUGGAAGAGCGACGCCGUGAAAGAAAAGGAGGAGUAUGAACGAAUCAAGCAGCGAGUCCGACAUUUUGCACCAGAACAGUUCAAAACUAAUGCAAAGCCUGGCAGAGGCCCAUCGGAAAUCUUUCCUCAAAAUCCUGCGGAAUGGGUGGUACACAAGAAGGAGAUCCUCGCUAUGGCGGAGGCAGAGAAACAGAAGAAUUGUGAAUGGCUUAAGGCGCAGAUCAAUGCCCAGCAAAAGAUUCCCAAGCAUCAGAGAAAGAUCAAGUCAGCGUUUGGGAAAAAAGAUGGCAAGGUCUUCCACCAUGGAUUGAGCCCUGUACUUGCACUCCCUACAAUCUGGUCAGCCGAUUACCUUGGGCAGGCUGCUCGCUGGCCUAGCGCAGGAGAGCUGCAGUGGAAUGGCGAUAGCAGACAGAGCGUGCUUGCGAAGACGAAAUGCAGUCGUUUUCGGCCUCCACCUCGCGUUCCUGGUGGCCGCUCUGCGCAAAUGCAGGAGCCGCCAUUCUCCAGACCACUUCCUCUCGACCAGACAGGACCAAUCUUCACCGACGGGCCUCGACCGGAUGAGGUCCAGGUGAGCAAUGCCGACAUGAAUGAAGAUCCAGAGUUCGAGGCUCACGGUAAUUUCUACCUCGGAACGGAAUUGAUGCAAGAGCUGGGCGAGUGGGGACCAGUCUUCGUACCUGAAUGGCAAAAGGCACAGCUGGUCACCGGCGAGCUGGUGCCAGUCCAAUAUGGCUACAUGGGGCAAUAUAUGGACCUUGGAUUUGGCCAUGGCGAAUGUCCAUGCGUGACUGGUGAGUUCUGGUGUGAGAAUCCUCAAGCUCAGGUAUGGGAGGAGUAUCCGAGUUGGUGGCGAGACAUUUUUCAAAGGGCGUGUUGA